AUGGCUAGCUCAAUACUCACCAUUGGCAUCCUGCUCGCAGCGUAUUCAAAUCCUGCUGCAGCACAGGCCGGCAGCUUUCUGAAAAGUACUGUGACCGCGUACCAAGAUGACGCAACCCAUACUGAAAUCCUGAAGCUUCUCAGGAGAGUGAGCACAGAGGACAUUUCGAAUCAACUGUAUGGAACGGCAUACACGAUCGACAUCGAAGUGGGAACACCACCUCAGACAGUCACGGUUCUCGUCGAUACCGGGUCAUCGAAUCUGUGGAUGAACCCAACUUGCGAGACAUCCGGACAACCGAAAUAUUGCGAGAUGUUUCCGCAAUUCAAUUAUAAUGAUAGCAGCAGUAUCGCGGACACGACUUUCGGUCAGCUCUUGAGCUAUGGCAAGGGUAAUGCAUCAGUCGAGUAUGUUGGGGACAAUGUUAGGAUCGGAUCUGCCACAAUCACCGAUCAGGUCUUCGGAAUCAACUUCCAGUCUUAUUCUAUUCCGCUUGGGAUACUGGGGUUGUCACCUAUUCUCACCGCGGACAGCAUCCAAUAUUCUUUAGUCUUGGACAGCAUGGUCUCACAAGGCUUGAUUUCCAGCAGGGCUUUCAGCCUCGAUCUCAGAAGUGUCGAUUCUCCCAACGGCUCACUUAUCUUCGGUGGCGUUGACACGGGCAAGUACACCGGCUCACUAGCCAAGCUUCCAAUCAUAGACCCAGCCGAUUCGCCCUCUGGUUACGACCGCUACUGGAUCAAUCUGACUUCUGUCGGCCUCACUUUUCCCAACGGCACCAGCGGGCUGCUGCUGUCGGGCGAUCUACCUGUGUUCCUGGACAGCGGUGGCACCCUCUCGCGCUUCCCCAACGAGACCUUCUUCGGGAUCGGGGAUGCCUUUCCAGGGGCGGUUUACAAUAAGAGUAGUGGCUACUACGCUGUCGACUGCGAUGCAGCGAACCAGAAGGGUAGCGUAGACUUUGGCUUCGGUGAAGAUGAGAACGGAAAAAUAAUAAGUAUAUUGUACAAAGACUUCAUCUGGCACACCUCGACAAAUCCACCAUGCAUUUUAGGAAUGGCGAUUGAUAAUGAUGAACCGGUUUUGGGCGAUUCCUUCCUGCGCGCAGCUUAUGUGGUCUACGAUCAGGACAACAAGAACCUACACCUAGCACAGGCCGAGGACUGCGACGAACAUAUCAUCCCGAUUGGAUCUGGCGUUGAUGCUGUUCCUUCCAGCACUGGUCUAUGCUCUGGCCCCGCUGGCACAGUCGCAAGCACCUCCCCCACCGGCAUCGCCAAGAGCACAAUGCAUAUGCCGACCGCAACGAGUUCGUCUAGGGGUAGAAUGAGCGCCUCGAUGGAAACGGGAACCGCUGUAAUGACCGGUAUUCCCACCAAAUCAAGCGGAGAGACUCCUACUGGGACUGCUACGGACAGUGCCCCCGUACAGGUCAAUGUCAUGGCGAGAGAGACCAGUAAUCCCAUGGCUGCCUUUGGGUUAGCGGCGGCGGCCGCUGUAUUUCUCGUUUAA